AUGCCGCUAAUCCAACUAGAGCCACAUCUGUUCACCAGCCUCCCCCGUCACCCAGAUCUUCAGGGGGAUGCCAACACCCCAGAUCUACGGGAGUUCAUCCGCGACACCCUUGUUGAAGCACAGCCUCUUCUAAAUCAGUUCCCGCCGACACUGAAACCAGACUGCAGGCUGCGCUCUUCUCCACCUUCAAAGGCAAAAGUGAAACUCUCACGGGGAUGGCGAAAUCUGCAAUCCCCCCAAGAGGGGUCAAUUCCCAAAAAGGAAUUCUGGGUAUGUCGCCAAAGCGACCACCAAGACUCUGGUCAUCUGCCUGGGACAGUUUCCCUAUGGGAAUUCCACGACGGGUUGCGAUACAACCAUGCCGAGCACGAGAAGGAGUACACACCCAGUGUGACGAGCGUAAAGCAACUGCUGAAGUGGAACGAGCCGAGACAAUGGGAUCUCAACCAACAAAUUACUGUUGGGAACAUGAACUACAAGCAUUUCGAGGUCGAACUCAAUCUUAUUGUCCACACCUUCCAUCCACGCGCACUAAUCCGGCCCCGGGCCUUCAUAUCCUGGACUAUGUCAGCGACCUUCGCCACCGCAUACCCAGCAAGCCAAGCCAAUCCAGGCCACGGCUUUAUCACUGUGCAAAUUCCUUUCUAUUUGACUAAGCCCAUGAUCCCGGGCUCCCAGUAUCAGGGGCUCUACGCCCAGAUCAUGGACGUCGUCCCGCAGCGGGCAGUCUUCGCUUACUAUGCCAGUAUCGAGCGGGUUCAGCGGGUGCUGCCUCCUACCCCUCCAGCUUCGGGUCCGUCGUCUGCGGCGGAUUUGAGCACCCCUCCUGAGCGUUACCUUCGGUGGACUAUGCUGACGACUUCUGAUUCUGGUGGAAAGAUUCCUAAGUGGGUUCAGCGAAGCUGGACGCUAUGUGGGGUGCCGCGGGCUGUUGUCUCCGAUGUUGGGUUAUUUAUUCGGUGGACUAUCAAGCGACGGGAAGAAAGAUUGGAGCAGGAUUCUCAAAUGAGGGAGGGCUAA